CAGGAGUCCAGGGCGCCUCGGCUAAGACGGAAGAGUAUUUUGUUUGUCGUAUUAAUAGUAUCAGAUGCCAGUCAGAGUCAAAGCGUACACACACUGCUAGGUAAUGUCAAUCAGUGAUUAAAAUUGCAAGCAUCUCCAUAAUCAACUAGGUGCAAAAUGCCCACAUGCAGUCCCAGUGCAUACGGACGAAGGGUGUUGUGAACAGAUGUCGGCAGUUGCAACCGUCACCGUUGGAUGAGCACGACUGGAGCUUAAUCAUCGGUAAAUAAAUAAAAUAUUUUUAUUUGAAAUUGAAGAUGAGACGAAGAUGAUACAGUAUGACAUUACCGCACAACAGUUUGAGCUUUAGCGAACCAGCAUACUGCAGCCACGACAGUUCGUCCACUUGGGAGCCGCUAUAUACCUCCCAAAUUUGGUCUGACAGUAAUUUAAGGAAAACCAUCAUCAAUGCGCCGCUGUCGGAAACUAGGGGAGUCAAAUAUUGUUACACUUGCCGGGGAAAAGUCAGAAACUACCAGCUUACCUCUCCGGACACUUUUUUCGUACCCUGCAAGCAUUCCACGCCGAAAGGUAACAAGCAGAAGGAGUCAUACCGACAGAACAGCGAUGACAGUCAUGUCUAUUCCAUAUCGAAGCCUUUCUCUUCUAAUCAAGAAAUACCUGCAACAAACUUUGACGAUAACGCUGCUAGAAUUGAAAAUUCCCAUAUUCCCACCAUCUCCGAGCAACUUGAUGGCAAUUUUCGUACCAAGUACGUGAACGCUGAAUACAGUCGGUCCCCGUGUGGAGGCAGACGACUGAGAAAAAGUCUGAAAGGACUGCGAUGUAUCGUAAACUUUGCCUUGACGGAUAGUCCGAAGAAGAAGCGGACUCAGAUUCAGGCGUGCUCAAUAAGUCUUAUGAUUGUAGCUAUCGUAGUGAUAAGCUUAAUUCUAGUUAAUUUUACUUCUCCAAAUUUAUUGAACGCUAAUAGUACUAGUACAAAUGUAGUGCCAACUAAUAUAAUGUUCAACGAGACGACGUCGGCUAUAGUCAGCGACGGACCGGCGACGUCGCCGGCGGUAGAAGCCAGCACGAGUGCGGCCGUCACCGAACAAACUUUACUGAUCUCUACCUCAAAUUAUUCUAAAACAAAUACCGUCAUAACGAAGCUACGCGAAAACAUUAGAACUUACCGGAAAAACUUGAGUAAGGAGGAGGUAAAGAAAUCGAAUAUCAACAAUAGAGACUUGAGUCAAAAAUUUUGCUCGUGCCAAACUAAUGAGAUUUGUAUGCUGAAUGAAACUAGCGGGACUUCGUAUUGUAGAGUUGCGGCGGACAUGGAUGAUCCCACAGGCUGUGGAGGUUUAUGUGCCUUAGAGACUGAAGCAUGUCAUCUGGUAGAUAGGAGCCAUGGUGCCCGAGUGUGUCGGCAAAUCAACCCGGUGACUUGUUCGCCGAAACACUGGCGGUGCAAGAAUGGUCUGUGUGUGCCUCUGGAGGCCCGGUGCGACGGCUACGUGCAGUGCUACGACAGAUCUGAUGAAAUUAACUGUGAAUGUGAUCUCAAAACACAUUUUCGGUGCAGCCAGCUAAUGUCUUGUUUUCCAAAUAGAAAAUUAUGCGACGGAUAUGUAGACUGUUGGGAUGGCUACGACGAACUCAACUGCACAGCUGAAUGCCCCGAGCACCAGUUCACAUGUAACGACGGUCAAUGUAUACCGUCGGUUCGGUUCUGUGAUGGGGUGCCGGACUGCGACGACCAAAGCGACGAGCCCAGCGGUUGCGCCGCGUGCGGAACCCACGAGAUACGCUGCAAGAACAAUCGGUGCAUCCCGUCCUCUGCCAGAUGUGAUGGUAGAAACGAUUGUGGUGAUAACACGGACGAAUUAAAUUGUUCUUGAUCAAAUUAGCAGAAAUCACUUACUGCCCACAUAAUUAUUAUCCUCUCAUCUCAACGUAUUUUCCUAUCUUAAAAAGAUGAUAUA